UAACGAAGCGGUAGGGCCGGCCCCGUCUCACACGCGCCAGUCCGUCUCCCCCAUCCCCUCUCGGCGAUUCUCCUAGGGUUAGCGCCGCCGCCGGCCGCUGGCCGCCUCCGCCGUCGUCCCGUCUCCUUCUCCUCCUUCCCGCGUACCUGACCCGCCGCUCGAGCUGUGCCACGCGACUGUUCUCCGCCGCCAAGCUAGUCGGACGGACCACCGGCCGCGCCCGCCUCCCUCGUCGGCCGCAGUUGCGAGCCGCCCUCGCCCGCCAGUCGCCGCCAAGCUGCGCCCUCCCCAUCUCCGAGCCUGCUCCGCACGUUUCUUCUGUUCUUAGCACUGCGCUGAUUUCAGUUGGUCGAUCCCUCAAAUUCUGAAAUGCUUACCAAAGGGAGGAGAGUUGCCGGGAGGGGUGAAGACAUGUCUGCACAUUAUGCAUUUGGGCCACAUGAGGAUGAUGCGAUUAUCAAACAUCGGCUUCUGACUAGGACCACAACUACCAGGGGUGAACCACCCCUAAAGAAGCUCCAAAAGAAGUUCAUGUCCUUCGCCACCGAGGUAGAGAAGGAUGCAGACAAUACAAGUGACUGUGAGAGGCUGUACAAGGCCUUUCUGCAGGAAAUAAACACUUUUGAGCUGCCUCUUCUAAAAAGCAAGGCUGUAGUUGAUGCAAAUCUCAGGGAAAAGGAGAGCUUCAACGAGCUGCAGGUUGAGAUCCAGCGACAAAUCUUGCAAGCUCAGACUGAUAUUGAGGAUCUUAAAAAGCAACUUGAGCAAAGCAAGAUUGAGAGGCAGCACAAAGAGGAGUGUGAAGCAAUCAGAAAACUGAUUUCCUCGCAGCCUCCACGGUCAGAAACCGAGAAACUUAUCGCUAAUCUUGAGAAGGAGAUAGCUAAUUUGGAGGCCGAGAGUGCAGCAUGUACAAGGACGUUAGAGCUUAGGAAGAAGCAGUUUGCUCUUCUUCUUCAUGUGGUGGAGGAAUUGCAAAUCUCGAUCGAAGAUGAGCAAAGGAACAUAGCAGAUGAGCUGAGAGCAGCCACUGAAGAGCCAAAGUUGAGCAUAGAGGAAGGCAGCGGCGGUGCUUCGGAUGCGAUGGCUGUAGACUGAUUAACGAUCCUAGCACUAGCGAGUUGCUUACCCUGCACGCUCAAGCAUGCCUCGGUAGUUUCUGGGCGCGGUGUUUCUUUGUAAGAGAUCCCUUUUUGUUGUUGUUGCUGUGGUAUCUUGAACUGUAAGCUGUACUUGACGUCGAACCAUUCCGUGCUUGUAUGAUAGCGAUGCAGAAUCAUUCUGCUGUAAUAUGUACUCCAGAUUUAGAACUGCAGCGUGAUUAUUUAUCGAAAACGGCGGAGUCAACAGUGUGCUGCA